GUUUUUGCAUAUAAAUUUAUAUAAAUAUACAUCAUAGUUCUUUGUUCUCCAGUUUAUAAUAGAAUUAUUAUUAUUAUUAUUAUUCUCUUUAACAAUCUCAUCUCCCUAAUCCAUUGUGUAUGUGUGAUUUCACAACUACAUUCCAACCUGAUCCAAUCUACUUAGAUCAUACAAUAGAUUAUAUAACUAAAGAAAAGAUGUCCUCUGAAUUUUCAGAAAUUGGGAUUGCUCAAUCAAUACCAAUGAGAUCUCCCAUGAGAUUAUUUACAAGUAAAAUUACUACUAAAAGUAUCAAAAUUACUUCUACUGAAGCUCAUACUAGUAAUAGUAUAAUUCAGCCUUCAGAAAAGAUAAAUUCCAUAUCAGAAGUUGAUGAAAUGGCAGAACUUAGCUCAAUUGAAGGAAGUCAUCUGGAUAAUUAUGGGUCAAGCUCUUCAGAUGGUUCAAUUUUCUCUGAUGAGGAAUCUAUAGAGAAACCUCAAGUUCCUAAUAAAUUUAUUAAGAAAAAUAAGAACUUGCAAGAUAAGCAAUUAGAUUCAGAAAUUGAAUUUGACAUUGACGAUGAGUUUCUCGAAGAAGAGAUGGUUAUUCAAACUAUCGAUGGAGUAGUGGAAAUAAUUGGAGUAUAUCUUGGCAAUGAUGAUAAUAUUAAUGUUAGUGAUAACAAACUACAUUCCAAAACAAGUAAAAGAAACAGUCAAUUAACUCUUGUCGAUAUUCAAAAGUUUCCUAAAUAGUGACCCAAAUUAACUUUGGGCUUGUUUAUGAUGAGAACGUUUUUUUCUACAAACUUAAUUUUUUUUUACUUACUUAAUGAUACCCUACUUUAAUUUUAAUUUGGCUCUAUGGUUUUUAUUGGUGAUACUCCACUUUGGCUGUUAUGAUACAGUUUAUUAUACCCCGUUAAUUCUUUCAUUUCUUGUUACUAUAUUCAUUCCUUUAAUUCAAUAGUUUAGUUUAGUUUGCUUUUCUUUAUUAUAUAUUGCUUUGCUUUGCUUUGUUUUGUUUUGCUUUACUAAAUUUGCAUUACUUAAUAUAAUAUUACAAUCUUCGUAAUUGGUAAUAUGUAUAAAAAU